UUAAGUGGCGGAUUUUUUUUUUUUUUUAACUGAGACAGGGUCUCACUAUGUAACUGGCCUUGAACCCACAGAGGUCCACUUGCUUCUUUCUGCCUCCUGAGUUCUGGGACUCAAGGUGUGUGUCACCUCGCUGGGUAACUGACAGAAUUUUUAAGGUGCGAAGUAUCCCCCAUUCACUUAGUCAACUUCUCCAUAACCUGGAACUCUAAAGAUGAAGAAUUGUUGAGAGAAAAGAAUUGUGAAUGGAUUGGUUUCAUUGCAACCAGUGUUACCGAAAGGAUGGGGCCCAUUUCUUUGUCACCAGUUGUGGCCAUAUUUUCUGUAAAAAGUGUAUGACUCUGGAAAAAUGUGCAGUGUGUGGAAGUCCUUGCAAGCACCUGGCUCUUUCUGAUAAUUUAAAGCCUCAAGAGAAGAAGUUCUUCAAAAGUCCUGUGGAGACAGCUUUGCAGUGUUUUAGUCACAUCUCUCAGGUGUGGUGUUUCCAGAAGAAACAGACCGAUCUUCUCAUUGCCUUUUAUAAGGACAGAAUUGCAAAAUUAGAAGCAGCUGUGAAGGAGGCCCAAGAAACAGUGGCUAGCCAGAGCAAAGAGCUAUCAGUCUUGAGAAAGGAGAAUGGAGAACUGAAGAAAUUUCUAGCCAUCCUAAAGGGAUCUCCAAGCUGCUACUACGGAAGCAGAUUAACCACACCUCGACCAGUGGGCAUUACUUCCCCAUCACAAUCAGUUGCCCCACGACCAAGUUCCCAGCAUAGCAGCCAAGUGGUCAGUCGCUCUUCUUCUAUGGAGUCCAUCCCUUAUACAGUGGCUGACUUUGGUAAUAUAGAACAGGGAAGCAGAGGCCUGCAGGAAAGGAGCACUCCCAGAGACUCCUACACUGAAACACCUUCACCGGCUUCAACUCGUAGCCUCUCUUACAGACCUUCAUCUGCCUCCUCUGGACAGGGGGUUUCUUUUAGACCAUUCCUCAGUGGGGACUCAGGCCACACAAGAGUCCUUACUCCCAACAAUUCUGGUCAGAGGGAGAGCAGAGCCACACCAGAGAAUCUUCCUGGUUUCCAACUUCCGGUCCUACAGACAUUCUCCCAACAGAGGCAGGUGGGACUAGCCAGGAGAGAAGGAUGGAGCAUUUCCAGAUGAACAUCCAUCUUCCAGGUUCCAGAACAGUGGGAUGAGCAAGUGGAGUUACAGCCUGCUGUCACUACUGAAGCAUCAAUAAGUCUUGUCGUCUGACUGCUGGGACCCAAGUGUGUGCUGACAGAUGCUGACUGUCCUCUAGUUUUCUAUUUUUAUUUACUUUACCAAAAUGUGUCCUGAAUCUUUAAAGAAUAAAAAUAGACUAAAUCAGAAAUAA